AAAUUGUGGCGGCUGCUCGAUAGUUAUUAGAUGUUUACUUUCAACGAAAUGGAUGAAAUUCUGUUUCCCACACAAAAUUCUUUAAGCGACAAUGAUGAUGGUGAUUUAAAAUUCUUUAACACCGCUACCGAUAGCCGCAAAGACAGCGAAACCUCCGACACAGCAGAGGUUGAUGGCAAGGAUAUCAAAAAUGAUGGCGAUGCAGAUGGCGACUCCGGCGAGCCAUCUCAAAAGAAGCUGAAAACCAAAAAGGAGCUCGAAGAAGAGGAACGCGAGCGCAUGCAGGUGCUAGUGUCGAAUUUUACGGAAGAGCAACUUGAUCGCUAUGAGAUGUAUCGCCGCUCUGCAUUUCCGAAGGCUGCGGUCAAAAGGCUAAUGCAGACCAUAACCGGAUGCUCGGUGUCUCAAAAUGUGGUUAUAGCCAUGUCGGGCAUAGCCAAAGUGUUCGUUGGUGAAGUGGUGGAAGAAGCUCUGGAUGUAAUGGAGCAACAAGGCGAAUCAGGUGCACUGCAGCCAAAAUUCAUUCGAGAAGCUGUGCGAAGGCUUCGCAGAAAGGGACGCAUGCCUAUUGGACGCUUUCAGCAGCCGUAUUUUAGACUAAACUAGACUUUAGAACUAGGCUAAUGCCCGUAGUUAGUACCUAAUCCUGUGUCCUUGCCUCAGCCUGCAUCGUCUGCAGCACAAUGUGCGGCACCAGAUGUGAUGAAGCAUAAUUGAGUGGAACCGUUGCCAGCGGCGCGCUGCCAUCGGAUGGAAAGUUCAGCUCCUGCGCCAUCGGCAUGUCCCGAUCGAUCACAUCCUGGGCAAUUAGAGUUUUUGUCUCCUCGUAUUCCAUGCCCGCCUCUGGCUUGGCUCCCAUUAGCAGUUUGCCCCGCUGCACGCCCAUAUAUUGCGUGGCUUUCGCAUUCAGGGGCAGCUGCCCACAGGUGUCGGCGUGCACCUUUCGAUGCGCCUGAAGAUUGGAGAUGCAUGUGAAGCGUUUGCCGCAGUUGUUGCAAAGGAAGCGCUUGAUGCCCGUGUGCACAGUCAUGUGGGUUAAAAGGCUUUCCCGAUAUGGAUACUCCUUGGGACAGAGCUGCAAUGGAAAAACAAUCAAGAGUUAAAAUUUAAUGGACUAGAAACUUAAAUGUAGAUUAGCUGUGGAUUAACUCCGCUCUGGUCAUUCCUUAUUCUAAAAACUAUACAUAGUUAUUUUUGUGUAAGAUAUAAACAUAUCAGCAGAUUAAUAAAAUAUAAAAUUAAGAUUUCAAAGCGCAAAA